AGUGAACUUUUUUCUCGAUGGGACUCUGAGCUGAUCUGUGCCAAAUGUGUUUGCCUUUUAGAUUAUGCAUAACAAAGAUGCGUGUGUGUAAACAGCACCACGCCUUCAGAUGAGGACGCUGGUCUUCGUCGCUUGGCUGCUGUUUUAUGUGUUUUUUCUACUGUCGAUGAGAAAGAUGUGGACUGGAAAGUACGUUCGCAGUCCGUUGGCUCGAGCUCUGUUCACGAAUAUGGUGACUGAAACUGACACACCUGACACAGCUGGACAUGAAGCGCUGAAGUGGUACCACUGCUGUCCAGACAUGCUUGGAGAGCAGGUUCGCUCUCAGUUUGUUCAGAGUCAUCUGGAUGAGGACACGCAGGCUUUUCUUCGCAGAAGUGUUGAGAAAUCCAGCUGGCUCUUCACGCAGCUCUACCACUCGCUCUUCUCCACCAUCUUUAGCCCCCUCGUGUCUCGAACCUCCAUCAACGGUUUUCUGGGCCGUGGCUCCAUGUUUGUGUUUUCGAAGGACCAGUUUCAGCGUCUUCUCCGGAUCGGGCCGGAAUGGAAAGGACAGAGGAUGCUGGAUCUGGGAGCCGGUGAUGGAGGCGUCACAGAAGUGAUGGGCUGUCAUUUUCACGAGGUGUUUGCCACCGAAGUCUCCACGCCGAUGAAAUGGCAUCUCCAAAGAAAGAAUUACAGCUUGUUGGGAAUCGAUGAGUGGCACCGAACGGGCUUCCAGUACGAUCUGAUCAGCUGUCUGAAUUUGCUGGACCGCUGCGACGAGCCGCUUCAACUCCUGCAGGACAUCAAGAAGUCGCUGGUGCCGCACACGGGUCGGCUCGUCUUAGCCGCUGUCCUGCCGUUUCAGCCGUAUGUAGAAACGGGUGGGACCUGGGUGCGACCCAAAGAACACAUUAAGGUGGCGGGCAAGACGUGGGAGGAGCAGGUGACACACCUGAGCACAGACGUGUUCCUAAAGGUGGGAUUCGAGGUGGAGGCCAUCACACGUCUGCCGUAUCUGUGCGAAGGAGACAUGUACAAGGACUAUUAUGUGCUGGAUGACGCUGUCUUCGUGCUAAAACCUCAGGAUUGAACCUCUCUUCUUUAUUUUGGUCAGAUAUAAAAGGGCUUAGUUUAAGAUGAGUGAUGAGUCUUGUCUGUUACAUCUCAGGAAAAUGAAAUCUUUCUUUGAGAAACUAUUAUAUCUUACUGCAACAAAUGGACCGUACUGUAAAUGUACUACAGGUGUAGUACCGCUGGUGUGAGGUGUUCCCUGUGGGGGAAAGAUUAAACAAAUAUCAUAUCUAAUAGAACAUAUUAGUUUUAUCAAUAUAGAGGUAGCUAUUAAACUCUGAAUCCCAUUCUGUGCCUCCCCUAAUGUUUUUGCAUAUGUGGUGAAUAUGGUAUGAGUUGACUGAAACACCUUAGGACCAAUGUAAGGCUGUUUUUUCUUUAUGAAUUUGCAAUAUUUUUUAAGUAAAAUGAUGUUUAUUGUUAAAUGCACAACACAAAACAUGUCUCAACAUACAUGUGUGGGUGAACGUUAAUUACAGGAUGUGUGACGUUUUGUUUGUAGAUAUCUUUAAUGCUGUAAAUCAAUCAUUCUCCCGACGUUGAUUAUGUUUACUGUGCAGUAAAUCUACAUUUUUCUCAGUAUUUGGUUUCAGCUUUAAUUUGUGAUGUAAUAUUUGCGUUAUAUGUGAUAAUGAGGUAAGCAGAACUUUGUUUAUCUGCCAAAAGCUUGUUUCAAUAAGUUCAUAAGACAAAUGAACUUAAGAUGAAAGACAAAGCUGAUUGAAAUAAAGCCAUUCACACAGAGAGAUUAUUCUGAUUUCUGAUUGAAAAAUGUAUAA